AUGUCGCAUCAGAACAACGACCGAGAAGGCCUGAGUCCAUCACCCGCCAAUCUCCUCGAUAUCUUCACCGAAGACGACGAGGAUGAUGACGUCGACAGCUAUCAGCCGACCGAAGAGCAAAGUACCAACGCCAGUGACACGCAAGACGACGAUAGCGACGCCGCGUUCGCCGAUGCACAAGAGACGUUAAGCGGGAUUGAGAUAGUGUUUGAGACCGGCGGAGACGAUGAGGGAGAGCAGACAGAGACCGAGGCGGGCGCCGGUGGGACAGCGACUCGUCCUGCACAGGUAACGACCGCCGAUAUUCGAAGCCUGUUGAACGCGAGCGCACCCCUCCGACAGUUGAUCCUUAGCCGAUACCGUCUACUGGGACCCUCCGGUCGAGAUUUGUUUGGGGACGAUGAUGACGAAGAAGAAGAGGACUUUGAGAGCUCUUCAUAUGGCGGCUUCCAUGGACGACGGAGAAGACGGCGUCCUAAGCCAGCUGCCGAUCGCUUCCCCAAAGUUCCCAGCGACAAUGGCCGGGCGCUGAUGAACUCCGGUCUGUACGGCACCCGGGAUGACUUCGUGGACAUCCUACGGAAGAGGAGGCGCACUGUCAGUGAACGGCUGGUGUGGAGGCGGCUCGGACUAGAUGGACGAUCGACCAUGCGACGACAGAACAGGUUGAUAGCGCAAGAAUCCGUGCCUUCCACCACGACUGCGGACAAGAUCAUCCACUACGACAGCAGGGCAUACUCCGGUCAAUUCUCAGACGACGGCAACUUCUUCUUCAGCUGUACCCAGAACUUCAAGGUGCGCAUGUAUGACACGAGCAAUCCGUAUGAAUGGAAGUAUUACAAGACAGUCGACUAUCCUUUCGGUCAAUGGACCAUCACCGACGCCACACUCAGUCCGGACAACAAGUUCCUGGCAUACUCCUCCAUCCGCCAUACCGUCUGUCUCGCACCUACCGACCCGACCGACCAUUCCGACCACACUUUGUUAGACUUCACUAACUUCGCGCCGGGCUCGGGCAUGGGCCGCCAAACGUAUGGAUACAUGGGCCGGCAUGGCUUCGGGAUCUGGUCUUUGAGGUUCAGUGGCGACGGUCGAGAGAUUGUGGCGGGGACUUCUGACCACAGUGUUGUCGUGUACGAUCUGGAACGUCGGCAGUCGACGGUCCGGCUAUCCAACCACGACGACGACGUGAACGCCGUGUGCUUCGGCGAUAAGAUGUCCCCUCACAUUCUUUACUCCGGCUCGGACGACCAGACCCUGCGCGUUUGGGAUCGACGGUCUAUGGCGGACGGCCGGCCCGCAGGCAUAUUCGUCGGACACACCGAGGGUCUGACGUACGUGGACUCCAAGGGUGAUGGACGGUACGUGCUAUCGAACGGCAAAGACCAGAUGAUGAAACUGUGGGAUCUGCGCAAGAUGAUCUCGCCCAACGAGUUCGCCCGCAUCGACCUCCACGCGUACACGACCAAUUUCGACUACCGCUUCAGCCCGUACGACGAGGACGACUACGUUCCCAAUCCCAAAGACUGCAGCGUCGUGACGUUCCGCGGCCACAGCGUGCUCAAGACCCUGAUUCGAUGCCACUUUUCACCCCCGGGGUCGAGCAACUCACGCUACGUCUACAGCGGGAGUGAAGAUGGGAAGGUCUAUAUCUGGAACCUGGACGGCACGCGCAAAGCAACCGUCGACGUGGGCGAGGCGACUAAGUACACGCGUCCACGGACUGACAGUAAUGGGUAUGGCUACGAAUUGCACGGCCACCACAGUGGAGUCUGGAAGACCUGUGUCAGAGAUGCCAGUUGGAGUCCUACCGCACCGGUGUUGGCUGCAACCUCCUGGAACGGCUGGGGCAUGGCCACCGGCACAGUCUCCCUCCACAGCUGGAACGACGGCAACGAAGACGACGAAGCCCAGCCGCCCAUGGCGUCCAACUACAACGCCCGCUUGGAUCCCCGCGACGACUUCAAUGCCGCCGCGCGUCGCGCCCGUGCUCUAGAUUCCGAUUCCCCCAUGCCCGGCGUCCGCAGUCGAGUCGGAGGCCGUGGUCUACGCAGCAGCGUCGUGCAACCGCAGCGGUUGGGCGCCGCGGCUGGGUACGAGGACGAGGAGGACGAGGAGGACGGUGGCAUAUGGUGA